AUGAUAACCACAUCCUUUCUCCUCCUCUCUUUUCUCUUUUUCUCUUUCUAUCUUUUUAUUGAUCCUUUUUCUCUCUCUUUUUUUAUAUUUCUCUUUCCUUUUGAUAAUUUUCUUUCUCCUCUCUCUCUUUUCCACUUACUUUCCUUUUCUCUUUCUAUUUUAUUUAUAUAUCUCCCAUUUCUCUCCUUUCUCCUCCCUCUCUCUCUUUUUUUAUCCUUUCUCCUUUCUCCUUUUCUUUCUUUCUAUCUAUUUAUGAUAACCACUCCCAUUUCUCCUCUCUCUCUUUUUCCACUUACUUUCUUUCUCUUUCUAUCUUUUUAUAUAACCACAUCCUUUCUCCUCCUGUCUCUCUUUUGCACUUGCUUUCCUUUUCUCUUCCUAUCUUUUAUGAUAACCACUCUCAUUUUCUCCCUCUCUCUCUUUUCCACUUACUUUCCUUUUCUCUUUCUAUCUUUUAUGAUAACCACAUCCUUUCUCCUCCUGUCUCUCUUUUGCACUUGCUUUCCUUUUCUCUUUCUAUCUUUUAUGAUAACCACUCCCAUUUUCUCCUUCUCUCUCUUUUCCACUUCCUUUCUCCCUCUCUCUCUUUUCUCUUUCUAUCUUUUAUGA